UUCUUCUGCGCAUCACUGCAGAUACUGUUCCACGGCAAUGAACGGUGGUCCCCAACCAUGUGGUUUCCUUCGGGAGGUGUCCAUCACUCUGCGUUAUCGAUAGCAAUCCGAAAUGAUCAGGAUGGUCUCGACUCCGCUUCGAGAUCCAGCGAAGAUGGGUAUUCUCCGCCUCCUUCCUCCCCUCCUUCCCCUCCCUCAUUCCGCUACUGCUAAUUGGGACUAUAGCACAGGAGACUAUGUCCGCACUCCGUCUCCGUUCUCCAUUCCAACGGUAGUUGUCCGUGGCCAGAAGCCAUUCCAGCGAACGAGGUCACAAGUCGUAAUUGGCCCCCACCUCCCUUCCGUGCCCCACCGUCGAACAGACUGUCGCGGAUAACUGACGUAGCCUUUCUGUGUGGUGGCUUCGGAUUGAAAGCGCUGCCUGGCGCUCGAAGGUCUCGCUGACAAUGACAAGUGUCGAGCAAUUGA